AUACGUACUAAGACAAAGUUCCUUAAGUUCUUCUUUCAGAACUCCCGUUCACAAUUCAUGAUUAUUAUCCUUUAAAUUCACUUGUCUCUCUUCUCAGAUACACUUGCUAUAUCUCAAAUCAAACUAAUUUUCGUCGGAUUUUCUGAUCUCACACCAUGAAUAUUUUCAGGUUGUCCGCGGAUUUCUCUCAUCUUGCAUCCAUCUUCAUUCUGUUGCAUAAAAUGAAGAUAUCGAGUAGCUGCUCUGGGUUGUCAUUCAAGUCGCAGGUUCUCUACCUGAUAGUGUUCAUUACACGAUAUCUUGAUUUGUUCUGGGCCUUCACCGACUCCCUUUAUAACACCACAUUCAAACUCCUGUUUAUUGGCUCUUCAGCUUAUAUCAUUUACCUCAUGCUUACCGAGUACAAACCCACGCAUGAUCCAAACCUCGAUACUUUCAAGGUGCAGUACCUUCUCUGCUUCAGUGCGCUUUUGGCUGUGUUGUUUCCCCACGACUACAGUAUCUCCGAGAUUCUUUGGACAUUUUCCAUAUGGUUAGAAUCGGUUGCCAUUCUCCCGCAGCUCUUCAUGCUCCAACGUACUGGGGAAGCAGACACUAUUACAACACACUAUCUUUUUGCGCUAGGUCUGUACCGCGCUCUCUAUAUUCCAAACUGGAUCUACCGGUACUAUGCGGAACGCCAUUUUCAACCCAUUCCAGUCAUCGCUGGCAUCCUUCAAACACUGCUUUACUCGGACUUCUUCUACAUAUACUAUAAUAAGGUUAUGAAGGGUAAAAAGUUCUCACUACCAGUCUAAUUCAGCUCCGGUGCAAAUUGCCUUCGGCGAAGGACAUAGGGCUUGGAAGAAUAUUACCGAGUAGCUCGAUACGUGAAAUUUCAUAUAUUGUUAGCCAGAGUGGUACUCCAUAUCCUCGACGACGAGCGCGGCUGCGGCUUGCCCAGCAUAACCCUGUAUCAAUAGAGAUUUAGAACAUCACCCGUCAACAAGG